AUUUGAUCGAAGAUUUAUAUUCAAGCGUAAAUCUAGUAUCAUAAAAAUGUCGCGUUUGUAUAUAAAUAAGAGUGGACCGAGACCAAAUAUUUUACAAUUAAAUUCGCUUUCAUAGUGAUAACAUAUUCCUUGAGAAAUGAAAUUCAUUAUUUUGGUAUCAGUAGCCCUAUUGGCCGUAGCCAACGCUGCAGAAGUUACUAUUCUUCGCAGUGAACAAAACGUCAACCCUGAUGGCUCAUAUCAAUAUGCUUACGAAACAAGCGAUGGCGUUUCAGUAGACCAACAAGGAUCAGUUAAAAAUGCUGGAACAGAAAAUGAAUCCAUUGAUGUUCAAGGUCAAUUCUCCUACAAAUCUGACGAUGGUACACCAAUCAGCUUAGUUUACGUUGCUGAUGAGAAUGGAUUCCAACCACAAGGAGAUCAUCUUCCAGUUCCACCACCAAUUCCAGAAUUGAUCCAACGUGCUCUCAAAUACUUAGCCGAACAUCCACCAAAGGAAUAAGCCUAAUUGGACAAACCAUUUUUGAAAUAGCUUUAUACUUUGAUUCUGUAAAUAUUUUCACAAAAAAAAGUUUUUUUUUCAAAAUUGUUAAAUAUCUGAUUUGUACCAUAGAGGAGACACUGCCAUCAUAAUGUAAAAACCUGUUGCAAUACAUUUUAUAUUAAAAAACCAACAAAA